GACUCGAGGAACCUAAGUUGUCUUGCACAAAUCACUAUCCCAUUUCAUCAGGACAUCGUAUAUAUCGUACAUUAAAAACAAAUCGAAGGCAAAAUGGCUUCCCAAUCCCAGAAACCCGACCAAUCUACCAAGCCAUCCUCACGACGCCGCGCGUCCUCAUUGCCAGAGGACCUUCAAAAACUCCUAGACAAAGAAGAGAUCUACUGGGAUUCAUACGGCGAUUUUGAGAAUUCUUGGACUACUACACGGACAAACAAUGAUCCGCCUAUGGUCGUGGCGGAUAUGAGAAGGGAGCAGCAGGCUCAGAAGGGCCGUGCGGGUAAUCUGAAAAUGGAGGGUGACGAGAGUGGACGUUAGUAAUUAUUUGAAGUUCUUUGGUUUUAGUGUAAUAUAAUUAUGGCUGUUUAGUUGAAAUGUUGAUUGGAUGAGUCAAAUGCAGAUGUGUUUUGCGUUAUGGGUAUAUGUACAGGAACAAAUCGAGC